CUUCGCUCUUCGCACAGUAAAUUAGCAAUAUCUCAGUAUUGAUAUUGGUAACUGAAACGGUUGGUAUCAUGGCUUGCCUUCAGAGCUGUAUUUAUUUGAUUCUAUUAUUGUGCUUCAUGGAAAACUUUCCCAAAGUUCGAUCAGAAUCUGAACCCGAUGAAUCUUACAAAAGACUUUAUGACUGUGCUUUCAAACAAAUAUGCGAAUGUGAAGAUUCUUAUCAGCAGACAUAUGCAGAGUGCUUUCUUGGCCUGAAGCCAAAGCUUCAAGAUAUGAUUAUAGAUGAUGCGAAUAAAGACUGUAACCUUGGUAGUGAAGUUACCCAGUUCAGUGACUUGACAACAGCUCUUUGUUCAUUGCCUAAGAACGUUACGCUACCAUGUCUCUAUAGUAUCGGAACGUCGUUCAGGAACAGACAGAAAUCACUCUUUGAGGAAUCCAACGACGCAGGAGAAUCUAAUUCAUCCGAAACUACAUCGAAAGCAAAAGAGAAUAGGGAAUUAUCAUUCAAUACGGUAUAUUUCCAA